AUGCUUAAGGCCAGAGAAGACAUUGAAAAGCUGCUAAGAUGGGAGUUGUUCCAAGGGGAAAUUAAUUUCUGGAAAGACAACCGGUGUCCUACUGAUUAUUCAGAACCUUUGCAGGAUGAAAAGGAGGGGGAUUUGCUGGUCAAGGACUGUUGGGUUGGCAAUGUAUGGUCUGAGGACUUCUUGAGGAGUCUACUAAAGGAGCAAUCUGUCAGCUACAUUUCUUCUAUCCAAUUUGAUAGAAAAAACAAUGAUCAAAUUAACUUGAUGAACAGGAGCAGAGCUAGUAUCUCAAAAGAUAUCCAGAACUAUUUGUACAGCUGUGACACCUGCCAGUGGAAUGUUUCCUCUUGCCAAAAACACCUUACCCCUUCCAUGCUGGAGUUUUCUUGGAGAGUUCUUAAUAACCUAAUUCCUACUGAUGAUCUUCUAAAACUAAAAGGCCUCAAAGGUCCUUUUAGAUGCCACCUAUGCAAGCUUGAUCAGGACUCAAGGAAUGAUUUAUUCUUCAGGUGCAAUUUUGCUAAGGAGGUUUGGAAUAGAUUGACUUCCCAAAUGACUAUCAACCUGAUAAACAUUGGUUGGGAUAACAUUACAGAUUGCAUUAAAGAUUGGAAAGAGAUUAAUCUCAUGCCAAUCCCCUUCAUUGUUGCUUGGUUCAUUUGGAUGGCUAGAAACAUGGCCAAACAUGAGGAGAGGGAGGCGAGUGCUACAAGGGCGAUGACUAACUGCUGGUCUUACCUAAAUAGGCUGAUAAAUUGGAGGAAGUUCCCCAAGAUCCUGCAGACCAUAACUUACAUGGGUGCUAAUAAUAUUAAGAUCAUCAAGGUUAGAUGGGAGAGACCUCCUUACCCUUUCAUUAAAAUCAAUACUGAUGGAAGCUACACAAAUAAGAGAGCAGGUAUUGGGGGAAUUUUUAGAGAUCACAUAGGGCAUACUUUGUUGUUCUAUAAGGCCCCUUACUUUGCUGAAGAUGCUUUAGACACUGAAGCUGCGGCCCUACAUUGGGCAUUAAAAUUUGCUAAGGAGAAUAAGUGGCAGUGGAUUGUUGCUGAAGUGGACUCCUCCCUGCUGGUGGAGCUACUAAAUUUCAAGAUGUCUUCCUCUUGGCAUAUUAAUCAAUGGCUACACAAAAUUAAAAAGCUCAGCAUUGAAAGUAAGAUUCACUUCUCAUUUGUGUAUAAGGAAGCUAACAGACCUGCAAAUUUUCUGGCUAUGGAGGGUGCUAAUGUUGAACAUCCUGAGUUAUCCAAAAUCCUCUCCCCCGCCCUCCACUUACUAACUCAGGGGGACAAACUUCAAAUUCCUUACCUAAGAGUGCUAAAAUGA